CAACUGCUUAUUUGAAUGAAUAACAAUUUAGGUGAUGUCGUAGCCAGGUUUGAGACUAGUUACUAGAGAAGAAGGCAAUGCUAUGACCAGCGCAGUAAAUAGAAGGAUUUUCAUGGGAUUUUUGUGGUUUAUUACUUUAUUUGGACCCUCGUCUAGGACAGAGAGCGUACUUCAUGGGUAGCAUGAAUGUAUUGCGAAGUAGGGACGAGACAUUUUAUUUUACAUAAGCCGUUGAUGAGUUACCUGGCUUCAGUUUCUAACACAUAGAUUAAGACUUGUUUUGAGAACUCCCAACCCGGUGAGAUUUUGUUGACGUUGUGGACACAGGGUGUAUAAACUUGGUGCUUAUUUCACAUCAAAGGUAUACAGGACAUCUGACUACAUGGUGCUUGGUUGUUGGAAUGAAUCAAAAGGAGAUUGAUUUUCAAUGCUGAGAUGGUCUCAUUUUGUGUCAAAUGAAAACUGCCAUUGUUACAUUUCACAGGUUUUCUUGUGCAGUGUCAUUUUAAGAAAAUCGCAAAAUGUCAGACGAUCAGUACUCUGAGGAUGGCGACAGGUCCUUGUCACCAACAAGUUCUGUGUCAUCUUCUUCAACCAUUGACAAAGCUCCCAAAACGGACAGCAAAGCUUUUUAUACACAGAUACCAAACGCAUUGUAUACUGGUGAGAAUGGAAUUGAAGAGGAUGAAGAAGCCAGGAGAGAGAAAGAUGAAAAUGAAAAGUUUGAGAAAGCUUUAGCAGAAGAUGCUUUGAAAAAGAAGAUUGAAGAAAAGAUCAACAUUGACACACUGAACCUGUUGAAGCAGGCGUUUGAGGAAGCUGAUGAGGAUGGAUCAGGAGAGUUAGAUCUAGACGAGUUUAAAGUUCUACUGAAGAGUAAGCUCAAACUUGAAGGGACCAAGGAACAACAAAUUGAUGCCUUAUUUUACAAAAUUGACUACUCUUCUGAUGGGCUCAUCACAUGGGAUGAGUUCUGUACAUACAUGCAGCUGGAGUAUGCUGAGAAGGAAGAUUCAUACAGGCGACUUAAAGAUGUGUCCUUCCAGCUGCCUGCCAGGAUAGAAACAACGCCUCACAGGGACACUGUGCUUAAGAUAACUGACGCGUCAGACGGGACCAUUCUUGCUUGUAGCCAGGAUGGCACUGUGUCUUUCUGGAAUGGCAAUCUUGAUUUGAAGAGAGUCAGGUCUAUUGUGCCCAAUGAUCCUGCCAUGAAACCCAAGCAGAAGUGGAUCACAGACAUGGUCCUGAUGCCACAGUUUAACAAAAUCAUUGUAGUUACAGGGGACCGUGAGAUCCAGUUUUAUGAGCUGUCAUCUUUUGAACCCUACUGCCAGAUCAGUGGACUGGAGACUGUGCCUCUCAAGAUUGAUUACUGUGGCACAGGUCCUGAUGAGUGUUUGAUCCUGUAUGGGGAUAGUAUUGGCUGUAUCAACAUCCUGUCCAUAGAGAACACAGGGGAGUGCCUGAGGCUGUGGAAGAAGAUGCCCAAGGUGGAGGGGAUAGCCACAGUGGGGAUAGAGGCCGUGGCUGGGGGAGGAAUGACCAAGUUCAUCAGGUGGAAGGUCCAUGGAGACUGGGUUCAGGAGGUGAAGUACUAUGAUGAAAUUGGACAGGUGAUUUCUUGUUCUAAUCAUUCCCAGACAGCACUAGUCAUAGGUUGUACAUCAGGUAGUACCAAUGUUGACCAGCAGUUGAAGGACACCAAGGACUCAAACACACUGGUGGAUAACUCCUCCAAGGGUAAAAACAAGACGAACACGGCUUAUGCUGUUCCUAAAGAACGCCUCCCUUCAGACCAACAUGUCUUCAGGGUGUAUAAAGGAGUGAAGACUUUUGCUUUCUCUAAGGAUAAGAACACCCUGGUGACAGGAGGUAUGGACAGGAUAGUAAGAAUGUGGAACCCUUAUGUGCCAGCGAAACCAACAGGGAUGCUACGAGGUCACAAUGCUCCCAUUUUCUACUUGUUUGUUUCUGAGGAAGAUGACAGGAUCUUCAGUAUUUCCACAGACAAAUGUGUGAAGGUCUGGGAUAUUCAAGACCAGAACUGUCUGGUAACAGUACGUCCAAAGAGUCACAAAAUCCGGGGUGACUUGCAGUCCUGCUAUUACUCUGCCCCUAACAAAUGUCUAGUAGUGGCCACUGACCAAAUAUCUCUACUGGCCAUCAAGUCCAGGCCAAUCUUACAAGCAGAAAUAGUCCUGACUCACAGAGACCCAGUCCAUACAGCCAGAUACAACCCUCAGUUCAAACAAAUCAUCACAUGCUCAGCUGCCUCAACAGUGAAGCUAUGGGAUUUUGAAAGUGGCAACCCAAUCUUUGACUUCAGUAAUGCUCAUGGGGAUGCUGCCAUCACAUGUUUGUGCUUUGAUAACACAGGCAGAAGGUGUAUCACUGGUGCCAGAGAUGGCUGUCUUAAAAUAUGGAACUACAACAAUGGACAUUGUCUCAGGGUUUUAAUGAAAGAGUCUGGCAAUGAUGAGAUUUGUUCCUGUGCAUAUAUAGAAAUGAACAAGAAUAGGAAGUUACUUGAUGUUAACACAGAAAUUGAAAUCAGACCACAGAGGUAUGUGGUAUCUGUGGGCUGGGACCAUAGAGUCAAUAUCUACUCUGAUGACCAAGACGAUGAUGAUGUCAGACAUACCAUUGACCCACAGCCUCCUUGGCAGGAUGACCUGGAAAAUGGUCAUAAGGAGGACAUUCUUUCUGUGGCUUUCUGUCCACCCAAUCUUCUGGCCACGUCCAGUUAUGAUGGAGAGGUCAUUGUAUGGAACAUGGUGUCUGGACACAUCUUCUGCCACCUGUUUGCUCCAGUACCUAAGGGAUACAAAGACCAGUCAUUGGAUGGCGACUUAAGCAUCAACAAGCUGUUGUUUUUGAGAUCCCGAGCAUACAAGAAGGAUGCAGCAUCUCUCAUUGCAGGAGGACCCAGAGGUUACCUUCACUUCUGGAAUGUGUUCCAUGGAGGUUCUCUGUACGCCCAGUUUACAGGGACCAAACACACAGGUGCUAUGGUCACAGCCAUGGAGUUAUACAAGAAUGACACCAUUCUGUUCACUGCUGACAGUGUGGGAUUCAUCUACUGUUGGAAUGUGGAAGGUUACUGUGCUAAGAGCAAGGCAACUGACUCACCAGAGUUGAUAACCUACUGGCGUGGUCAUGUAGAGAGUAUAACCAAUAUAGAUGUAAUUGAAGAACACAAAAUGAUGAUCAGCUCUUCUCUAGACUGUACAGUAAGACUCUGGACAAUAGAGGGACAUUAUGUUGGUACAUUAGGCCAGCCAGACCCCUGGGAUGUGUUCAACCCCAAUACCUUCCAACACCCCAUGGUGCCCUAUGACGUCCUGGUGGACCCCAAGAGCUUGCCGUCCCACCCUGUCAUAGCAGGAAAACUGAACUUGGAGGAGGUUCUACAUGGUGAUAAGAAGAAAGAUAAGGUAGAAGAGAAGAUCCCGCCAGCCCCUGUAUAUGGUGAACAGACUUCUUAUUUUGUGGAUGAUGCCACUAUAGCAGAACAGAUCAAACAGAAACCCUUCAAUAAGGGGACAGGGAAAAGAGUCAGGCAUGAGCGUAUGAAAGCGCGCCAGAUGAAGAUUGAUCGUGAUGGUCCCAGUGAAUACAGACUUCUACAGACAUUCCCCCUGGUGGAAACUCCAGACAUUAAACCCCCUGAGAUAUCAGGACACAAUGACGACCCUUUCAAUUUUUACGAUGAUUGAGCAUGUUUAGAGACAGCCAACCAGGGUUAGGAUAAUUGAAAUAAUGGUGAAUAGAAGGUGGAAUACAAGCGAUUCCAGAGCUGUCCUUGGUAGCACUGAAUAUACCAGCAGUUACACAGGCAAUAGCAGUUCCAGUUGCAAGGGAUAUUUUCAAUCCAACAUGAUGAGUCACUAAAUUGAAAAAAAAAAAUAACAAGCUGUUUUAGGGACAGGUUAACUCCAGUCAACUUCAUGUUAAGCACCUUUCUUUUGAUUAUUUGUCAUCGCAUGCUUGCCAUUGCUUCUCUCCUUGCUUGGACCAUAUAUGUACAUGAGGAUUGUUUUCAACAAUACAUUGGCAUAAGAUACAGCUUAAUAUUGCAUAAGUAACAAAUAUGAAAAUAAUUUUUACAUGAAAUUGGACCACAUUAUUACUGUUUUUCUAAGCUUUGUCACACGAUUGUUUGGAAUU